UGUCCUUCUAAUAAACACUUGAGAAGCAAUUUAACGAUGACAUUACUGAAAACAUAAAUUUGUAAACACCACAGGAUAAUGAAUAAAUUUUUCUUGGUUUUGAUUCUCUUCUUUCAAGUGUAUGAACCUGUUAAAGCAACGUUCAAUGCCGACGUUCAAUCAUUUGGUGCUAGUUUAAAAGACUAUGCAAAAAACACGCUAGGUGUAAAUUUACUCGAGGACCACUAUAACAGUAUUACAUUCCAAAAGGCUACUUCUCCAAUCAUCAAAGCUGGGGAGUUGUUGGAUAAGUUUGUUGAAAUUUUAAGUGAUAAUGCUAUCGACGCAAAAAACGCUUUAAAUACGUUGGGGGCAUUUAUUGAAGGCGAUAAUGAAAAGCCAAGUUCCAGAAAAAAAGUGAACGAUUGCUGUGCCUAUGGUAAAAAAUUAGAAUGGGAUAACUUAUUUCAGUCACAGAUAAAUAUACGUGAUACCUGUGAGACAAUUAUAAAUCGCACUGCAUGCAAGGACCCAAGUAAUCCUGUUCAUUCAAUCCACUUAUUGAAUGAAGAUUCUGCAAUAAAACAAUUCAAGGCUGCUCGUGAUAAUUUUGCAAACCGUGCGAGACAUGCAUACUAUGGUGCUGAAGAUGGUUACUACAUACAAUUUCCUGCACAAAACUUCUUGAGUCCAGGUGAUGAUCAUUGUAGUUGUUCCAGUUUUGAUAGUAGACUACGACCAUGGUAUGUCAGAGCUAUAUCACCUUACGCAGGUAGAGAUAUUGUUGUGGCGAUUGAUAUAAGCGAUACUAUGGGAGAUAGAAUAAAACUUCUGAAGGAUGUAGCAACAAUUUUAUUAAAGACGAUUGAUGUAAAAGACAGAGUCCGAGUGACCACCUACAACCAUGAAAACGGAAGUAAAGAUAUAUUGGAUUGUCAACAACUAGUAGAUGCACUAGUAGAUGCAACCCCAGCUGUGAUCAAUAAAGCAAUUGAUGCAAUUCAGAAUCUAACGACUAAAGACUUUCAAGGUGUAGGAGGUUUUGAGUAUAGUAAGGCAAUUGAAGGUUCAUACAGAUAUUUAGCAUCUUCAAACAGAACUAAAAUAAUCUACAUUGUCACGGCUGGAAAAACCUUGGAAAGCAAAGAUAAUUUGGAAAGGGUUAUACAGAACGAAGCAAAGAAAGUGAAUUGUAGUGUAACAUUGAAAGCGUUUAUUGUGACAAAAAGUGGAACUCACACAAGUCUUCGCACAGAACAAGAAAGUUAUUUAAGGGCGUCCUGCAGUUGUGGAUGGUGUCCAGAUUUUGAGUGGAGAAAUAGUAUGGUUGAAUUCAGACCUGGAGAUCAUGAUAUGCGUCAAAUGCUAAGUCCAAUCCUAAAUUCCAUAUCUGGAGAGGAAGUUGUGGGGACAGUGCAUUUUUCUAUGCCAUACUUUGACCUUUAUGGAUUAGGGACAGCUAUUGAUGCUUGUAGACGUUGCAUAGUCAAUGGAAAAAUUAUAGGCGUAGCAUGUAUUAUGUUCCUUCAAGAGGAAUUGUUUGGGUUACUUUCACAGUCGUUUACUCAAAAAGACGAUUUUUAUGUCUUCUUAAUUGAUGAUCAAGGAACAACAUAUGUGCAUCCAAAAUUUGGAGAGUUAAUGCACAGCAGUGACAGACCUUUUCCUCUCGAUAUCACAAGAUUCGAACCGACAAAACAGUUUAGGGAUAAAGUGUAUUAUUCAUUGCUACGGGGUGAUCCGGGUAGAGAAACUUUUUUACAGAAUGUUUCUGUUUCUACUGGAUCAACUGGAACAGCUUUCAAAGAAAAAAAUAUGACAUACAUAUGGAAGAGGGUUCCAAGUACAACAUUUUCGAUAGCAGUUGUAAUUGCAAGUAAUGCUGAUGAAGUGGGUUUUUAUCUUCACAAUACACGACACUAUGGGAAUGCAAAAUAUCACCGCUUAGACCUCUAUAAUAUCACUCAGGGUAUUUGUUCUGUGAAGAAUGAACCAGCUACAACUGAUACCAGUACUCUGAAGUUACUGAACACUGUGUUUGACAUGUCCAAAACAUACUUUCUAGACGAGAAACUGUCUACUGUUACAGGACUUAUGAAUUACAUUCAAAACAAAACGAAUGACUUUUCACCUAUCAUGAUCAGCAGUAUAGCUAAGAACAUACAAGAAGAUGCAAUCGCAACAAGUGUUUUAGAUGAAUUUUGGAAAAAAACAAAUACUACUGAAAGUAUCUAUGCAAUAUGGAGGUAUGUUGGUACUGAAGAUGGAACAACAAGAAUUUACCCAGGAACCCAAGUACACCCAUACUAUGAUCCAAGAGUGCGUGGAUGGUAUAAACUAGCAAAGGCUAAUUUGGGAAAACUAACACUAACCGAACCGUAUGUUGAUGGAUGGACUGGAACAGUACUUGUUACACUUUCGAAGGCAAUAGCUACAAAAUCGAAAAACGUUUUUGCUGGGGUCAUAAGUAUUGACAUGUCCGUUUCAUAUGUACAGUCAUUACUUGGUAAAUUAGUUCCAGAGUGCAGAAAGAAAAAUUCGGCCUAUUCAUGUGUGGUAUUAAACGAAAUGGGAUAUAUGAUAUAUCAUGAUGAUUUUUUAAAAACAGAUAAACCAGCAAAAACUCACAUCAUAGAGAAGGAAAGUCCCACAGCAAAGCAUCUUAUUCAAAAUGGACACAUGAUCAAGAAAUUUUGUCUUGGUUACCACAGAACAUAUUAUACCCAAAAAUCACCUACAGCUCACAUUGAAUGGUUUUACACGCUCGCUCACCUGACCAACACUGUAACACAAGAAAGUACAGAUGAUUGUCCCAAUUAUGAGCUGGUGCCGAUUAACCACAUGAAUAUUCUCGUCCUAAAAAUUAGAAAAGCAUGCACCGGCGAAUCCUUAAAAGAUAUAAAAUGCUCUUGUCCGCAGGAUUUGGCAAAAACAUGCAACGAUACCAAGAUGUCUGAUCUGACAAUUUGCGAAUGUCCAUGCUAUCAAUACAAACACUGCUUUAAAGGAUUACCAUCAUUGGAAUCAUCAUUAGUCUGUGAGCCGCCAGUUGUGCAAAUCAAUAUCACUGAAAACUUAUACACGACAACAUGGAGGAAGGAAGUUCAGAAGCUCAAUAUACCGGACUGUUUAGAUCCCAAGUGCCACAAAUCUGACGCUUUUCUAACGUGUCAACGACUUGGGUGCGAAUGGUGUUAUAGAUACAGAAACGGCUCGCUGUGGCAGGACGAGAAAAAGACAUAUUGCGGUUAUGAAGGACGAUGCUACCCUGAAGAAGCAACAACAACCGCUGCUGCAACAACAACAACGACGGCAGGUAAAGACAAUUCAGCAGGAGAAGAUGGCGACGAUAAUACGUCUGUUGUGAUUAUAGCGGUUAGUAUUGUUGUUGUUGUUGGUGUUUUAAUUCUGGUAGCUGGUUUUGUCAAGUGGCACUUGAUGCAGCGUAAACAAAACACACCAAAUGAUAAAUAUGUACCGGAAAAGUCUCCCCCACACGAUUUCUUCUCCGAUGAAACCCAUGAAGUGUAGAUAUCGCAUGAAACAGGCGCAGGAAAUGGCCUUGGCCCGUAAAUGCCGAAACCUGUUGGAAUUGUAUUGUAAGAUGUUUGGUAACUUGUGCACUAUUGUUGAAGAGGAACAGCGUCAAAAUUAUUUUAAACAUUUUGAUUCAAGAACGUAGUAAUAUCUUAGUUAUAACGUAAUUAAUAUCUUGAAUUGUUAAAUAACGCUUCAAAAUUUUGAAUAUCUUGAUAUUUUUCUCUCCACGGUGGUCGCGAUUUGCAUUUAAAAACGAAAGUAAUCACCAUUGUUUUAGUAAAAACAUCCAAUUUUGUAACGUUACUCUUGCGAGGAAGAAAGUUGUAGGUCAUAUUUCUGCUACAAACGACGAAUAAUUCUAACAGAGCUAGAGGAAGACGACGAAUUGUGUUAUACACACACCUCGUCUUGUUGUUCCCCUCAAUAUGUUUAUAGCAAAUAACAUAACUAAGCAUUUUUGGUUAUAUUUUUUCGGUUUAUUGUUAAUUGUUGUAAAACAUAUUUUACUAGUAAAAACCGUAACACACAUAGAAUUAUCUUUUCUUGUAAAAAAUACAGUCACGUAUGAAUCUUUAUGCAUCAUGUUAGGUUGUGGCCAAGUUUUAUAGUUUACAUUUCGAUAGUAUAAUUUAAUUACAUUUUUUUAACAAGAGCAAAACAGAGGUUGCCUACUCCUUUGUAUACACGCCACACGAAGUUUCAAUGUUUAUAUCUAUUUAUCUGUCUGUCUAUUUAUCGCUCUAGCAACGGCGACGCCACAUGAUAAAAUAAAUUUAAGGUAACCGUAAUGGCAACAACUUAGGAUGAACCUAUUGGGUAUUUUAGGACUAAAUUUAGAUUUUUGACAACUAAUUUUCAUACUAGGAUAUUUUUAGGGUUUUUGAUAACAUAUUGAAGGGAAAAAAUAAAGUUUGUUCUUCUCUAAUGUUAUGCAAUUUUGCAAACUCUUUAUUUGCACGUCAACUCUGUUUAUGUUUGUCA